AUGAAACCAGUCAUUCUGCUCAAGAACCCUCCCGGGGACGUGGACCAGCGUGGAGUACAUCGAAAAAAAUCGGCCAAGUUAGGUCCUCCGUCAGCAGAAAGGAUUUGCCGAUCAAUUUAACAACGCCUGAUAUUUAGAGUGUGAGCAAAACCGAAGAUUGUGAAUAGUGCCGCAAGGCUACAGUGACCUUCACGAUGUGGGUCCUAAGUUCUAGGAGUCUACUGUACACUUUAGUAAUUUUGUCAGUGCUGUGCCAUAGUGUUUUCUCAGCGUCAUGCAAAACUGGCUGCCCAUCCCCUAACAAAUCAUCCAAGUACAAAUUUCAGCCGGGAAAUGUCUACAGCUACGAUUUGGACAGCUUCGUCCAGGUGCAACUGACUGCUGAGGAAGUCGAUGCCCAACAAACCACGCUGAAGGUAGAAGGCAAGGUAGAGAUCUACGCCGCUGAUAACUGCCAGUACACACUGAAGGUGCUGUCACUGACGGCCUUCGCUCCUGAUGGCAAAAAAUCGCAAUUUGGAAGUGAUAUCAGUAAGCCGGUCCAGUUCAGCCUGUCCAAUGAUGAACUAUUCCCGGAGCUGUGUACCGAUCCAACCGAUUCGGAUUUCUCACUGAACGUAAAGCGGGGCAUCAUUUCGCUGUUGCAAUCCGCCGAAAGCAAAUCCUUCGAAACCGAUGUUUAUGGUGUUUGUCAAACUUCCUUCUCGAAUUUUGCCGCCGGAGAUGCAACCGUUGUCAACAAGGUUCGCGACCUCGCGGGAUGUAGCUAUCGGGAGACCAUUAGCAACACUCUGGUAUCCAGUGUGGUCAACAGCAAAGCCGGAAUGAAAUCGCUCCCAUAUCUGAACGCCAACUACAACAGCCAGCAAACUUUCAAAAAUGGUCUCCUGGAUUCGGUGAAAUUGAACGAAGAGUACAAAUAUGUACCCUUCGCCAAGCUCAACUCCGGUGCCGUGGCCAAGGUUACAACGAAGUUCACCUACACUGGCGCGAAAUCAGGAAGCGUACCGGCACUGACCAGUGGAACGCCUCGUUCGAUCAUCUUCGAAAACCCCCAAUCGGACUCGCAGAGUAAUCUGGAUACCAUCAAACAAGAACUGAAAACCGUUGUUGAAUCAUACGACAACAAGAACGUGGGUAAACUUACCGCUAGCCACUUUACCGAACUUGUUCACUUGAUGCAGUACUCCAAGAAGGAUGACCUUCUGUCUCUGUACCAGCAAGUCAAAGCCGGAACUGCUCACCCUAACAAGGUUCUCGCUCGUAAAGCCUAUCUAGAUGCCCUCUUCCGCGUAGGAACGGGAGCUUCCGUUGAAGCUCUCGCUACCUUGUACAAAAAUAAGGAAAUUUCUGACUCUCAGGAACAGAAACUGAUGUUUGUGUCCUUGAACCUGGUUAUGUCUAUGAACAAAGCUGCUCUGAAAACAAGCAAACUGUUCCUGGACGGAAAUCCUCCCCGUGAGGCGUAUCUCAGUGUUGGAUCCUUGGUUCACAAAUACUGCCAGAAGUUCGGCUGUGCUUCGGCGGACGUUAAGGACAUUUCCGAUAAAUUCGCAGUAAAACUGGGCAAAUGUAAUCCAACGAGCCGAGCGGAAGAAGACACCAUUGUUGCCGUUCUCAAGGGAAUCAAGAACUCCAACAACUUGGUAUCUCCCCUGCUGGACAAAGUUGUUCACUGUACAUCGGACAAGUCGUCCUCUCGGGUACGAGUGGCUGCCUUCCAGGCCUACCCUGCUGCCUCCUGCCACAAGAAGGUCGUUAAUUCAGCUCUUGACUUCUUGAAGAACGCCAACGAAGACUCUGAAAUUCGAAUCCAAGCUUAUCUGUCGCUAGUUGAGUGCCCAUCGGCAGCAGUCGCCAAUGAAUUCAAAGCUCUUUUGGACAGCGAAAAAGUUUACCAAGUCGGUUCCUUCGUCACCACUCACCUGGCAAGCUUGCGGUCUUCUGUAGAUCCGACACGUGACGCAGCUCGUCAACAUUUUAGCAAUAUCCGAACCACCAGCAAGUUCCCGUUCGAUUUCCGCCGCUACUCGUUCAACCGGGAGUUUUCCUAUGCUGUGGAAUCCCUGGGAUUGGGAGCCAGCGUUGAUACUAGCGUAAUCUAUUCGCAGAAGAGUUUCUUGCCUAAAUCGGUCACCUUUAAUGUUAGUACUGAAGCAUUCGGCAAUGGAUUCAAUGUGUUUGAGCUUGAAGGUCGUCAGGAUAACCUGGACCGCUUGGUUGAGCAUUACUUCGGCCCGAAAGGAUUCUUCCAUGGCUUGGAUUUGCAAUCGGCCUAUAACAAGCUGGUUGAACAAUACAAUAAACUCUCGGAACAAGCUCGAAGCCGUUUCCGUCGUGGCUUGAAGGAGGAUGUCAAAGCGUUUGCUAGCUCCGUCAACCUGCACAAUGAUGUCCUGGAAGAUUUCAAUCUGGACGUUUCGGUGAAGUUCUUCGGCUCCGAACUGUUCUUCCUGAGCUCCGGUGACAAUAUGCCGCACACACCUGAGGAGUUCUUGGACAAAUUGCUGGAAUGUUUCGACAAGUUCUUGGAAGGUGCGAAGAAAUACGAUCGCGUCUUCGAGCAACACGCACUGUUUGUGGAUGCUGAUUUGGUGUACCCUACGGCGGCUGGUCUUCCGCUGAAAUUGUCGUACGAAGGAACGGGAGUCGCUCGGCUGGAGACAAGCCUUGAAGUCGACCUGAAAGCCAUUGCUAAGGAUUACAAGAAUGCGAAGUUCAAUUUGAAGCUGGUGCCCAGUGCAAGCUACGAACUGUCGGGAACGCUAAGUGUGGACGCAUUCACGGUUACUACAGGUCUUCAGCUGUCUGGUACCGUCCAUUCCGCUACUGGUAGUGCCGUCAGUUUCGCCCUGUUGGACGAUGGUAAAGCUUAUGAUCUUACUGUUGACUCUCUGUUCAAGAAACAAGAGCUGAUUAGUUUCAGCAGCAAAUUGGUGUUUGUGACACGUGAACGCGGAAAUCAACUUAUCUCGCUGCCCCUGAAGAUGAAUCAGGGUGUUAAGGAGUUUAAGGAAUGUUUUGACAAUUUGUACCACAUCAUCGGUGUUACCCUGUGUGCAUCAGCUGGCCAAAAACAAAUCCCCGGCAAGGCGUUGGUGCCAUUAGAUGGAGAGUAUCAAGCGGAGCUGUAUCUGGAGGUUGAUCCCAAGUACCACUUUUCGGGCAAAUAUGACGAUUCCGAUAAGCAACAUCAGAGUUUAUUGUUGACAUUCGACACUCCCGGUACGGAUAAGAAGCGAACGACCAGCCUUAAACUGGAAAGCUACUUCAAGGGUGACGCAUACGUGAAGGCCACCGUUCUGUCUCCUCUCCGAAAUGUUGAUGUUAAAAUUGGGUUGAACAACAACGACAAGGAAGCCGCUUUGUACGCUGUAGCACACAAUGGUCCUGAGGAAUAUUCCGCAAAGCUCGGUUUUGAAAAGGCAGGCUCUUCCGCCAGACAGGAGUACAUUCCAAUCUUCACCGUCAAGUCUCCAACUGGUGACGCGCAGGUUUCCAAACUCGUUCAAACCACUGGUAAAAUCAUUGUCGAGAAGGGCGACGGUGGUGCCACGAAUUAUAAGCUGGAAAAUGUCGAAUGGACAAGCCCGUAUGCUCCAAAAACUACUGUGAAUGGAUUCGUUUCGCAGAACGGACCAAGCUUCGACACCGAUCUGGCGGUCGUUGUGGGUUCCAGCAAGAACAACGUCAAAGGACACUUGGAUUUUAGCCCCAAGCAUCUCAACUUCGAUCUGGAGAAGAAAACUGACGGCGAUGCAAACAAGAACUUCAAAGUGAACGUCGCGGUUGCUUACACGGAUAGUUCGUUCAAGAACAUGCUAGUCUUUGUUGCCGGUAAAGACUUCAACAAUCCAACCAACCACUACGAGCUGAAUCAACAUGCGGAGUUCGUAGUAGAGGACAAGAAGUUGACAUCCCUGUCGCUGUCGAAUAAAUUGCAACUUCCGAAACAAAUGGUACGGUUAGAUAUGGUAACCAACAAGAACCAGUUUAAGCUGGAUGGUGAAUACGGUUACGAUAAACAGAAGGUUGCCGCGAACGUGGAUGCCAAGUACAACGAAAAAACUGCCGGUGACUAUGACGUGACGGUGGCAGCUUCACUCAACAAGCAUAACUUCAAAUUCGUGUCCAAACGCACCCUGGAUGCUGCCAAGAGUAAGUUCCAGAAUCGCCUAGUGGCCAGCACUGGAACGAAGAUCGAGCUGAAUGGUGUUGCCUCGAAUAAGUUCAACGACCAGGAGGGCGAACUGAAUCUGGAGGGACUUUUCGUAGCCGUGGAGAAGGCAGAUCCGUACAAGUUGACUCUUGCUGUACACUUAACACCUGCCACAGUGCUUUCGAAUGCCAAGGUUCUAGUGGGAAAGGAUGAGUUCUCAACCUACGACUUGAAAGUUGAUCGUACCGACAACUCUAAUGGCAAAUUUAAUUUUGUAGUCAAAGACUUCCUCGAUGGAAACGGCGAGUUUAAGGCAAACAACGGCGAAGGAGAUGGAACCGUUUUGAUGAACUUCGUGAAGCAAGACCGUAAGCUAAAACUGGACACCAAGUUUAAGGUCAAUUCACCGGUUUACGACAUCGCCACCGAUUUCUAUUACGAUUUCGACAAGGACAAUACCAAGAAGAUUCACUUCGACACCAAGAACAAGGUCACCAAGAGCAGCUUUGAUAGCAAAAACAAGCUGGAAGUGUUCACCGAAAAAUACGAAUUCAACGUUCAAGGACAGCAGAACGGUCAACUUUCUGAUGGUACCAUGAACGGCAAAUUCUCUCUGGUACUACCGACAGGACGUCAACUGUCCGGUGAUAUGAAACGCGAAGUCAAUGGAAAGGAUGAGAAGAAGACUACUGGAAGUAUUGUUGCAAACCUGGUAGAGAAACUUCCCAGUGGAAAACAGCAAUCGCUUUCAUUAACCGGAAACUUGAAAGACGGAAACUUAAAACCCCGUUUCUUCGACGCGACCCACGAGCUGAAGUAUACCAAUUUUGACGGAUUGGAUGCUGUUGUGGAGCUAGAUACCACGCACUUGCCAGAAGGACACUUCAAGAAAGCUGUCUUCCAUGUCAAAGUCCAAGGAAAGUUGGUGCCUGAAGCAACUGAUUUGGCCUUCUAUUUAGAUGAAUACUGUGAAGAACAUGCAGUCUACCGAUUGAAUGGAAAGUAUGGAAAGGAUUUCGACGGCUCAGUUAGUGGAAGAUACAACGUAGGAAAGGCAGGUAAACCGCACACUCACGAAGUCAAGGCAAAUGUUAAUGUCCCGAAAGCACCGGUGAAAACGCUUGCGCUUGAAUCAAAGGGUAGUUAUCUAGAGCCGGAAGGUGAAACUGGUCUAUUCGAGUUGGAUUACGCUGGAUCUUUCAAAUACAACGAUAAUACUGUGUCGGUAUCUACGGCCGCUAAAGGAAACGUUAACCAUGGAUCAGGAAACCUGAAGGUUAACCUGCCGAAUACCGAUCCAUUUUCCGCGGAAGCCCAGUACAACUACGAUGGCAAAGAGGACGGACCAGUUUCCACCAAAGGUUCCCUGAAGGUUAACUACGGUAAGGGUAAAACGCUCGGUUUCAACGGUGAAGCUAAGGCUCUCGGCGUUGACGAUGUAUCGGUGCAUGCUACGCUGAAGUCUGAAUUUGAACACGUAAAAAAUGUUGAACUGACCUUCAAGCAUGUUAAGUCAGGUAAUAAUGCGUUCAAUAGCAAACUAAACCUAGUAGCGGAUGAUAAAACGUACAGUGUAGAUAACGCAGUAUUGCUCUCCGAGACCAGCCCGUCAAUAGAUUUCAACCUUGGAUAUCCAGGAAAACAAGUUAAGGUGUACGGUGCAUAUAAGGUUCUGAGUGAUCGUGCAUUCAAGGCAGAAACCAAGGUUCUGAACUUUGGUGACUUCAAUCUGGAUUCCAACGUGGAAGUGAACUAUCAAAGCUACGAAACCUUCUACGCCAAGGGCUACUUGGACGCACCGAAAUUGAAUGCCAAUAAGGUCAGCGUUGAAAUAAACUCCAAGCCAGGAACCAGUGGAAAGGGUGUAGAGUUCAAGGCUUCAUCGGAUGGAAAGAACGUUCUAAGUGGAUACGCGGAUUACUCUGUUAAGGAGCAAGGCAAGAGUACCAUCAUUGAGGGACAAGGUAAUGUCAAACUGUACGACAAACAACAGCAGACAGCUUCCUUUAAGCUAACUCGCGAGAAACUGCAAGAAAACGGAUACGCAUUCACCCUGGGAGGUUCGGUUGAUAAAAGGACCGUAUUCGCUGAAGUUCGGAUCAAACCAAACGAUUUUUAUUUAAAGAACAAAUAUUGUGAAGCGAAUCAAUGUACCUACGUGGAAGUGCAAUCGAAACUCGAACGCGCCGGAAGUAAAUUUAACCACGAGGCACUUGUAUCGGUCGAUCUACAGCAAUUGGGCUACGAACACGAGUUUGGUUUGACCGCAAAGACCAGCGGUAAUGGAUUCACUCUCGAUCAUACGACCGACGUCCAGCUGAAGGAGAAAAAACAACCCAAAUACCAAUAUCAGCUAUACAUUCAUCCAAACAGUGCCGGUGCCAGUCUCAUCCUACCGACCCGUUCCGUUGUCAUCGAGGGUGUCUUCAAGUAUCCGAAGGAAGACAAAUUUGGCCAGUACGAUAGCACUGUUUCGUUCUAUCUAGACAAAAAGAACGCACCAAAUAAUAAGGCUACCUUCGGAUUCACCGGUGAGACCAAACUGGUUGGCGCGGCAGGUGUAAGCGGCACUGGUUCCCUGAAAUUCUCCCACCCAACUGUGAAGGAUCUCGUUGUGAGCGUGUCCGGUGUUCUCGACGGUGAAAAGCAGACCGUAGAUGGAGAAGUUGUGCUGGAUCUGUUCAAGAAUGCCAACGAUAAGAUUGUAGCGCACGCGACAUACGUGAACAGCGAUCAAAGCUUCAAAGGCUUCAAUGUAAGUGCUGCAAUGAACGUCGCCAGCAAGGGUCUAGGGUUUGACUGUGGCUUCAGUGGACACUCGGCGCUAUCACUGGCUACGAAACAACUUAGCACCGCCGCUUCGUUCAAUUUGCCCUUCGAAGAUUUCCGAUUCGGAUCGUACCUGUUUGCCAGCCCCGAAGAGCUUGAUUUCCUGCUAAAGAGAUUCAACGACGAUCUUGUUCGCGCUCACGGCACAUACGACUCGAAAAAGAACAAAGCCGAGCUUGUCACAACGGUCAAGCUUGUUCCAAAUCGUCCAGUUGUUCUACAAUCGAAUGUGAACGGAUUUUCCUCGGCCAAGUUCUCGCUUAACCAAGACAAGUUCUUCAGCGUCGACGGUUCAUUCGCAAUUGACAAGGCGGCUUCGCUCAAGGUUAUGGGAUUAGAAAAGGAACUGCUGAAUGCGCAUAUUGCCCUAGACGCAAGCCACUUCAUGUCCACCGAGUAUCAAGUUAAUGAAGCCAACGCUAAGAGUUUCCUCAGUGAGUUUAACAAGCAAGUGCAAAGCGAUCUUGAGUCUACCAAGGCAGAGUUCGAGAAAAAGUACACCCAACUUAUGGCUGAUGUCAAUAAGGUAUUCAAUAACGCAGUAGGCGCUUUGCCAGAUUUUAGUAAAUUCCAGGAGGACUAUGGCAAGCAGCUAAGCAAAUUACAAGAAGAUCUGCUGCAAGAUCCAACAAUCAAAGAGUUGUUCGAUGUUUUCGUCAAGGUUUACAAAUCCAUAAACGAUGUUGUCGCGAAACUGCUUGGCGUCCACACCGAGCACAUGAAAAAGGUUUCCAAAAUUGUCACCGAUGUUUUCGAAGCGCUGAUGGGAACGUUCAACGAAAACAUUUUGCCAGUCUUGAAGGAGUUCUACGUCAAGACGGAAGCAGUCCUGUUUAACGUUUACGAAGAAACGCUCAAAUUGGUAGUAGCUGUAUUCGAAAGGUCGGUUAAAGCUUUGAAGGUUUUCGAAGAAGACUUCAACAAGGUUGCCAAGAACUUUUCGGAAAUGUUCAAGAGCUUCGCUCAGUCAUUCAACAAGGCCGUUGUUACACUCGAGAAGGAGUUCAAAGAACUAUACAAGGCAGUCCAUGAAUACUUCGAUUCGUUCGACGAGUUCAAGGUGCUCAAAGAAACAUUUAAUGAAUACUUCGAAGGACUCGACAAAUACGCAUACCAACUGCUGAAGGAAAUGUUGACUCUGGCCGAAGACCUGUACCCAGUGCCAGAAAUCAAGACAUUUACGUCAUCUGUCAACAAAUACAUCACAAGCAAGCUGGAGAAUAAACCAGUCAAUGACGUGGAAGAGCUGAAGACUAUCUUCAUCAACUUUGUGAAAGCCGUCAAUAUGUUGUUCGACAAAUUCGCUAACUCUGUGACCGCGACGCUGGAUGAGCCUGGAUUCGCGGGAGGUUUACCAUCGUUCGUAACGUUGAAGUUCUUCCCGUACAUCACCAGCUUCAAGUUUAGCCCACUGAAUUAUCUGCGCAACGAGAAGUUUGUGUCGGUUCGCGACUUUUUGUACCAGUUCCGUCCGUACGCCUGGAAUCCGUUCGCUGUUUUACCACCUUUCGCCAUGCACGGAGAAAUCGCCGAUGGCAGCCACUACUUCACCUUCGAUGGACAGCACUUCACCUUCGCCGGUAGCUGCAACUACAUUCUGGCGUCAGAUUUCGUCGAUGGAAACUUCAGCUUGGUGGCAAACGUUCAGGAUGGCAAACUGAAAUCUGUUGCUCUUAUGGACAAAGAUGUUCUCGAGCUGAACGAUAAGGGUGUGGUAACGUUAAAUGGGAAAGUUACAGAUCUUCCACUACACAAAAAUGAUGUUCAUGCCUGGAGACGAUUCUACACUGUCAACCUAUUGAGCACCUACGGAGUUAGCGUCCUGUGUACAACGGAUCUAACAGUAUGUCACUUCACUGUUUCCGGUUUCUAUCUUGGAAAACUGAGAGGACUGCUGGGUAAUGGAAACUACGAGCCGUACGAUGACUACACCCUACCAAACGGAAAGGUAGCUCAGAGUUCUACUGUGUUUGCAAACGCCUACAAAUCAACGAAGUCUUGCGGAGCUGUUGUCGAUGCCGGUCACACAACACACGAGCACAGCAGUCCGGUUUGUGCUAAACUUUUCGGAUCUGAUAGCUCCCUACGGUACUGCUACUUCUUCAAAGAUCAAUCCAACUUCCGUGAAGCCUGCGAGCACGCCGUUCAUGACGCCAAGGAUGCCGACGCAGCCGCUUGUAAUAUUGCUUUCGCCUACGCAUCUGCUUGCCGCCUCGAGCUGAUCCCAGUUAAUGUUCCAACACAGUGCCAGAAAUGUUCCGUCAGUGGUAAAGACAUCAACGUUGGUGAUCAGUUCAGUGUAAAAUCUCCCCAAAAACAAGCCGACGUUGUUCUGGUGGUUGAUACCUCUUUGGGUACGCUACUCGGGGAAUUAGUGCAAGCUUCCAUCAACGACCUACGCAAGGAUCUGAAAUCCAACGGAAUCGCGGACGUGCACGUGGUGGUUAUUGGAUACAACCGUAAUCAGAAAUACAUCAGCUUAUUCACCAGUGGUGGAUCGCUGGAUUAUACCGGAAAACUGGGACAGGCUGACGUUAGUGGACCAGAAAACGCCAAACCAUUGGUCACCGGCAACCAGAACGUAGACGAGUUCUUCAAGACAUUGCACGAACUGGGCGAGCGAACAGCCGAAGAUCUGGCUCUAACACCCGAUGCCCGCGCAUUCUUGGAAGCGUUGAAAUAUCCAUUCCGUUCUACCGCUAGUAAAUCGAUUGUGUUGAUUCACUCCGACGACACGGAAAAGAUGCCAAAUCCGACACGAGCGGUGCAAUCACUCCUGGCAACCUUGGAUCUGAAAUCGAAGGGUGUUGGAUUACACGUCAUUACACCAGUUAAGGGCCUGGGUAUCGCCAACAGUAAGGACCAGAAGAAGGUGAAAGAAAUUGUCGGAUUCAGCUCGAAACAGGCAUUCACCCUGGCCGACAGCAAGAAGCGCACCAACGUAGGAUCAACGGAGUUGAAGAACAACCUGAAAUACGAAUCCGAUCUGCUGGUGGACAUGAUACAGAAGAACGACGGAUACGUGUUUGCACUACAGAACUUCAGCGGGUUGAAGCAGGCUAAGGAUAAGAAGUCGUUCGUUGCCGUUCUAGCUUCGGCGCUCGGAGAUCACAUCGCCCGAACAGAAGUCCACAGCGAUUGUGUGUGCACGCAGCGCAAUGGACUGCACGCGGAAGAAUCCUGCGAAGCUAAGGAAACCAAAUUCCUACCACCAGGCAAGAAAACGGGAGGAGCGAAGGGAUAAACAAAAAUACCCCCAACCACCUGCUAGAGGAGAGAUGACUUCCAGCCAUAUUUAUUAUACCAAAAAUGACACAUCUUCGUCUAGGAAAAAAAGUAUAUCAUCCGAAUGCCAUUAGCAGUAAAAUCCUGGAGCUAUAAUUUCGUAUUGUAGUACUUCAUGGAAUCGAAACGCAAUAAAUAAGUGACUGUUUUACAAUGAA